CUCCUCCACGCGCACUCCCAAACAGCAGGCAUCAAAGCAUUUGCGCCAAUCCAGACAGGAAGAAGAAGACAAAUGUGAUGGCACGAUAGCAGGGUCUUCUGGCCCUGGUACUUACCGAAAUAAGUACACGGUUUUUAUAAAUGCAUGUGAGCUGCGAACUACAUUUAGAUGGGCCGAGGGUGAGAUAUUUUGUUUCACGCGGAUUUCGUCGUGUGCACUGAAGUACAGGUGAUCGUAUGGCAGACGUCAGCUUGCCUUUGUGCCGUCGCCCAUCUGAUACACUGUGAGCGAAGAUAGCACGACGUGAGAUGACAACCCGACAUCGACCAUCACUUCUUGCCUUUUCGGCACUCCUGCUCUGCACAUUAUUAAAUAAGACGGCUUGGUCUCAGCGCAGCGGAUCGUCAUCGCCUUUGACGUCCUCAUCAGAGGUGAGAGGCAGGGAUAAUGAGGGGACGGCCGCUAACUGGCUCAAACAGAUUUCCAACUCUAUUCAUGGCAAUCACGGCCAUGAUAGGAGACUAUCAGCAGAGCUUAAAGAGACAGCUGACCAUGUGACCGGCUUCUCGGUCAACACUAGCCGAGACAGAAACAUGACUGUCGAAUCUGAAAGAUCUGGCGAUGCACUGACUCUAAGACCGGACGAGGGAGUGUCACCAGUAUGUGCCUACAGGGUGAUUGAGGGAGGCAUUUGGGGGCAGUUAUGUUUUCGACACACACUGUUUGGGUACAAGUGUCAUAAGUCAGACUGUAGGACAGCAGUAUCUUUGGGGAAUCUAGUGGCAAAUAUCCUUAUUAAUGGCAGUGUACUGUUACAGUGGACCCACGAGGAAGACUCCACAGUGACUGGCCAAAAUAUAAAGACUGCAGUGUCCGCAGCAGGUCAGCGGAGCAGCAGGAAUCCUGGCACAAAUGUAACGCAGGAAACUUCAAAAUUAAACACUGUUUUCGGAGAACGACGCCACAGACGCGGAGGCUACGAAUUGAGCUGCUGGUGGAACGGAAGCUAUACUCAGUUUGAGUGCGCAAGUGUCCAUCUGGGCCUGGGUUGCAGGGACUUUCUCCUGGCCGAGCUGCACGAGAACAUCCCGUACCGCAUCUGUUUGCGCUCCCUAACUCCUUCAGAUCCAGAUAAAAGAUCAGACCAGCGGGACUGUGUAGAGUUUACGCUACCACCGUCUGGGAUGCAGGACAUCGUGAUCGCUAUGACAACGGUGGGAGGAGCUAUUUGCGUAAUGCUGGUCAUCAUUUGUUUGCUAGUGGCAUACAUCACAGAAAACAUAAUGAGUCCCACAACGCAGCAAACGUACUCCUAUCGCACUCAUUCACGUCACUAGUGUUUGUCUAAAGAAAUGCCAACAUUUUACAAGUUUCAGUCAUGGUCACUGUCAGUUGGCUGGUCAUUUUUCCAUAUGAUAUCCUCAUUAUGACCAACUGAAGCACAAUCUACUGUGGCUCUGCAAAUAAAAUGCCUUGUCAACCUCUGCCAAGGUGCACUGAACCAAAAUUACAGAUGACGUAUGUUUAGUACAGUAGUUUACUGUGUUACGUUUUUGCUAAAGCUCUCUCUCUCUCUCUCUCUCUUCUGCCACCAGGCAGCAAUUAAACAGCAAUAUAAAGAGCCUAUUUAAAUGGCUUUGAGUGCAUCAGAAUCACCAGUGCUCACAGUCUGUGAGGGUGUCCUUGUUGGGAAAGAGAAAAACAAAAGUUCACACAUUUCCACUUGACUAUGGCAUCCCCCUCUUUCUGCUUUUAGUUUUGUAUAAGAUAGGCAAUGUUAUUUUUUGUGAAGGGCAAUACAAUAGUGUACAAUCUUCAAAUACUGUGCCAAACAUCUUCAGCUAGAAUGCCUUUUUGUCCUGCUGAUUGCAAAUAAAGAUCCAUGAGGUUGUUUUUA